UUCAUUAAUAUACUAACUUACCAUUUUUUAAAUGUUUUUUAUUCAACAAGUUUCAGAAAUUCAAAAACAGAUUAAUAACAGAACAUUUAUUUAAAAUUACUUAUAGAUUUAAUUCUACAAUCACUGUUCUGAUCACGAUAAUACAUAUAGAUUUACUUUAUAAUACUUUAUAUGACUGUAGUUCCGAGCGAACACGGAAGCAAGCGCUUUACCAGCAGUUCUCAAUCAAGUGGGGAAAAUAGUAUUUAUAUACACAUACACAUACAUAUUUAAGAUGUAAGUCUGUGUAUAUGAUAAUUAAAUACAUUAGACAUCGUAAUUUUUAUACAGUUUCUAUUUAAAGUAACAAGAUGAUAAUAAAAUAUGCUAUUUAUAUUAAUAAAUUAGAUAUAAAUAUAUUGGAAAAUGAAUGAGACACAUUUAUCAUGUUCGAGUCUAUUGUUGUCUUCCCUACCAGUCAUUGUUAUAGCGUUCACUAUUGAUAUUCGAUAAAUACGUGACAAGUCUUCAAAGGAAUACAGAAAAUGGGGCUAUUUGAUCGUUUAGCAAAUCUUUUAGGUUUUAGGAAAAAAGAAGUAAACGUUUUAGUAGUGGGCCUUAAUAAUAGUGGUAAGUCGACGGUCAUAAAUAAUUUCAAACGCGAGGAUGACCGUUGCAUAGACAUAGUACCCACUGUUGGGUAUAAUGUUGAAAAAUUUUCAUUUAAAAAUAUUAGUUUCACGGCAUUUGAUAUGUCAGGUCAUGAUCGUCAUAGACCGUUAUGGGAACAUUAUUAUAAAGAUUGCCAUGGUAUUAUCUUUAUCAUUGAUAGCAGCGACAAAUUACGAUUGGUUGUUGUCAAAGAAGAAUUAGAUAUGCUUCUCCAACAUCCAGAUGUAGCUGGUCGUAAAAUACCGAUUCUCUUUCUGGCAAAUAAAAUGGACUUGCCUGAUUCUUUAACCACUGUCAAACUUGUUGCUGGGCUUGGUCUUGAUCGUAUACAGAACAAACCCUGGCAUAUACGAGCGACAAAUGCAAUUACUGGAGAAGGUUUACAGUUAGGCAUAGAAUGGCUUACAGAUCAAAUUCGUGACAUACAUAUAAAUAAAAGAUAAAAAUAAAUUUAAUGUAUCCGAUGCUUUAAUGCUCGUGAAAGUUAAGCAGACAACAAAUUAAUUGAUUAUAUGAUCUGUUUAAAAUUCAACAUUUAAAUAUUUCAGACAAUGAUUUCAUGAAUGAAAUUGAAAUAGAGAAUGAAUGAACAUUAUAUACUCACGUGACUCUAGUCAUCAACGAAUCUGUUCAUUAAUAGACGAAUGUACAUAUGUACAUUGAAUUAUAUUUGUAUCAUAAUUCGUUCACACAUUGCUUGAUAGCAAUGAUUAUUAUUUAACUGUAUUAUUAUUUUACAAAUUGUGUAUUUCUGUUGAUAAAUUUUACAAUACAUGCAAUAAAUUUAUGUAUCUCUGAUA